AUGCAUCUUAAAUUUCAGAUCAAAGGAGAUAGACAUGGUAAUCGGCCAGUGAUGCUGUCGUGGUCACCAAGGGAUGACAUACUGGCCGUUGCCGCACGGACCCAAGUUACUUUUUAUACGAAGGAUGGGGCUCUAGUGGACAAGAUCCCGACUGAAAACUCCACUAUUCUGGACGUGAUGUGGUCACCCAAUGGAGCAUACUUCGCUGUACUAUGCUCUGGCUCACAGCUAGUGAGAAUAUGGUCCUCAUCUCAGAAAAGCUUAAUCAAGCUGAUGCUAGACGUUACAGAUCCAACGUGUUUAUCAUGGAAUACGCUAGAGCGACAACUGGUAAUUGGUACCGGCCAGGGGCAUAUUUUUACGUAUGACCCGCACACUACCAAGCGUGUCCCCCAAAUGACCAAGCAUGUUCGCAGGUUGGUUUCCGUUUGUCAUACUAUUUCUACCCACCGGAUCAUUUCCUUGUCUGCAGAGAGUCUGAUAGUAUCUGACAGUGAUGGAAACACUCAGGCCACCUUAAAGCAAAAGGCUCUUGGCUGUCUCUUUCUGGGCAAGCUUCUUCCAAUAGAAAUUCUUAUAGAUACCAAUGAGUGCAUAGAUGCGGUUGCAGUCCCAGCCUUCUUCCAUCCCUCUAUCAUGAAAAAAAGUCACUCAGACUCGCAGGUAUCAUAUGAACCCGGAUACAAACUCAUCAUUAUCUCCACCGUGCCAGAGAUGUGGUCUGCAGAGACAUUGGAUAGCAAGAAUUUAUUCACUGCGGUAGUCAACGGCAUAGAUGGCUGUGCGAUUCUCAAUCUACCAGAUGUGGGGGCAGACACGUUAAUUGAUAUGGUGUACUGUCCACGAACUGCCUCUAUUCCUCCCUCGAUUUUUGUACUAUUUUCUAAUGCGUUGAUACUUCGCGUUUCACUAGACAGAUCUAAAGUAGGAUUUAAUCUAUCAACAGAUGCACACGUGACAAGGUUUGGAGCCAUCAUGUGGCAACGAAACGCUAUUAAGUUAUCCGUUUCAGGAUCAACUGGAACGUACAAUGGUUACAUUGAAGAGAUGAACGAUCAGGUGGGGCUCCAGGACAAUGCAAAUGGAAUAAACAGCCUCACCGAAUAUAUAAUGAAGGGAGUGAGCACGUGCCACGGAAUUGGAUUUCUUUCCGUCCUAGGUACGGGAGACAAGCUUGUUCUCCCGGUGGAACGAGGCUUCUCGGUAGUUAAUCUCCACAAUCCUACCCAGGAAACCCCCUACCUCCUUUUCGGCAAAAACCCCACAUUUCCGGGCAUAACUGGUUAUCCUGUUAAUAUUUCCCAUAGUCUUUUUAAUAGAGGUCUUUGUGCCGUUGCGUUUUCCAACGGUGUUGUGACUGUAAUGCUGACAACUAAUGUGGUACUCUGGCAAGUUAGUGUUCCACUGAACCCACCAGACGUAUGCUACCUUGAUCAAUCUGUUAGCGAGGCCUCCGUGUUUGAUCACAAAAAAGGUGUGGUCUUCUGUCUCUCAUUGGCCAGCCCUAGUGUGGCAUCCCUCAGCUUUGUGUUGGCAAAUCCCAUGGCUCCUCCAAAGGCAUACAAGCUCUCGACUCUUAUUGACCUGAAUGGUGAACCAUCUCAAUUUGCAGUUUCUGACGGGGCAAUUGGCUAUUUAUCUAAUAGCAAAAUAAGGUAUUCAAAGCUUAUUUUAAUCGGCUCUGACCCGGCACAACUCAAUCCUGAACUAUCUUGGCACACGGCAGAACCCACAACCAAGCCAACCAGAUUCGACAUUAUGACACUGGAAACAGGGUCGAUUUGCAUCGUGUCUCUUGCACAGGAAGGUACGUUGGAGGUGAUCGUUGGUUCCUGUCCAAGUCUAAUACUUUCUGACGUGGAGAGCCUCAAGUUUCAAGUAUGCGCCUGUUGUUCUCCCUUUGUUUACGGCAUUACCUUCGGAGGGAUGCUGGUUGUGUACUCCAUUUACGAAGACGAUGGGAAACUAAACUUUGUUAAAGUUGCUGCCCAGCAGCUUCCAGAUGAAUUCACAGACAAUGUUGUUUUAAGAAGAGGCACGGAUGCAAACGUAACAAUUAAGCUUAGUCCUGGUGGCACAAUUUGCGCAAUAUAUCGAACUGGUGCAAAAAUUCGGCCGUGUUUUUAUCUUCCUGCUGAAGGAAUUUUGAUAAACGAUGCGCGAUACUCACGCAUUCUAUCUGAAGAAGCUUCGAACGAUAGUUUUGAAUCUGUCUCACUGCUUUUCAAAGAGGAGCCUGAGUGUAUUUAUGAUAUUACCUUUGACUCAUUGUUGGCAAAUACGUUCGUUAUAACGACUUGUACAAAGAUUGGAAGCGACUGUCUGCCAGCUAAUUCCUAUGUUUGCGUGCUUCACCAUUCGCUACCAGAGCAAGAAGGCUAUGGGAUAUUAGCUGUAAAAGCCUCUGUUGCUACAUCUUCCAGUACAACGUUACCAACGAUAGUUGCAGGGGGCAUGGGAUUUGUUUUGGACGGAGCAGAACUUCGCCAGCGCGACUAUAUUAGUGGGCUUCAAAGCUUUGCAACAUGCCUAGCGUUCUACGACAAUUCGGCAUCAUUUGGAGCCCCACGUCCUCUCCUGCUGAAGGGUGAUGAUAUCGAGGACAACACUUCACAAAAAGAUGACUUAUUUAUGUCUUAUUAUAGCUACCUGGCACCUCUGCAGGAUAGCUUGCUUCAAUACACUGGUCAGGAGUUCAAUUCCGUUCCGUUCAAAAUAUCUGGUCUUUUCCCUAAGUAUCGAUCGCUCAAAGCGGCAGGGCUGUUGCAAGAAUACGAAAAAGCAGCAGUGGAGUUAGGAACUAUCGGCCACACGAAGCUAGCAUUUAUCCUUGCGUCCGUUUCUGGCAACACAGAUGUGAUGAAGUACGUAGCUGAUUCGGCAGUUCGUAUUACAGACUUUAGCACUGCGCUUACUGCUUACAGAGAGCUCUCUUUGUAUGGGACAACUGAAGAGCACGUUAUGCAUAGCCUUGGGACUUAUCAGGAUACGACGUUCCUAGAUUCUAGGGGUGCACAGGGUGUUAAUGACCUGCUUCGCAAUCUGUCCACAAUGAAUACAACACACAGCAACGACCCAGCUGCGUUAUCCCUUUUUCUAUCCAGAAUCUGCAUCAACGAAUAUGACAAUAACACAGCUAUGGCUCUUUCCCUGCUGAUGGCAUGCCCUGAUCUUCCAGCAUCUGGAGAUAAUAGUAGCAACGUGGCAUUUGCCAUGGGACAGAGCAAGGCAGACGUCUAUCUUAGUGCAGCGGAGCGGUUUCUCCUUAAGUCCCGAAAGCCAAACGUGGCCCUCUCCUUCCGUAUGGAUAGCUUAGAUUGGAAUACUGCGAGCAUGCUAGCAACGAGGAUAGGGUCCACAGCUGUCAGAAGCGAGAUCUUGAUACAGUGGGCGGGAGAAUUGGAGAACAGGCUUCAAUAUCCAGAGUGCCUUGACGUCUGCAUGAACUUGCUAAAGGAUGACAGCAAGCAAGGACAGGAGUCAGGCGAAGCACGCUUCAUGUGGAGCAGCAUUCCGCCCAAACUAAUUCCCUUUCUGAUAGGCCUCAUGUCACGCUGUUACGCGCAGUUAGGGAAGCUUUCAGACCUGAAGGAAAUGGCUCUUCCUCCUCGCAAAGAAGCGACGAAUCGGUUUGUUCCUAGGGUCAAGGACCCUUUGAAUAUCCUUCAGCGGUCUCGCCUUUGCAUGGAAUGCGGAAACAUUCUAUGUCUGCAGAAGCGCUUUGCGGAAGCUGCUCUCUUUUUGGAAGCCUCCUCUAACUUAGCAGAGGCGUGUUACUCAAGGCUCAGAAAGGAGAUAGCAGGCCUUCUUAGUGGCGAGCUAAACAUCUAUGCAUACAUAUAUAAUUCUACAGACACUAACAUGAUUCGUGUUGGCGGGAAUAGGGGCGGUGGAUCUGGUAUCCAAGGUACUGGGGGGACCAAGCCUCUCCUUCUCUUUGCUCUCAUUCCAUCUCUCCUAACAACGAUAGCAAACUCUGCGCUUUCACAGACAGCCUCUGGUGAUAGCUCAGGUAUUGAUAUCUCCAUAGUUAAAGAGAUAGAUGCGGUGCUUAACGUAGAAGCAACUAAGAAGCUUCUCUCAGAGCUUCUCCCCACUAGCAUACAGGACAUCGUGCAAGAAAAGGAUCUGAAAGAAAUAGACCCACCGCUGCUUUUAUCUCGAGCAGUCGGCUGCUAUAUCAAGUCACGGCAGUACGGUGAGGCAGAGCGGCUUAUAGACAAUGUUACCGAUAUGAAUAUUGUCGCAGACUUGGCGAGAGUUUACAUGAAAGACGAUCCGGAUAAGGCUCUGGUUCUUUUCAAGCGCGCUGGUCAGAGUCGUGAAAUUGUGGAUUGUCUGAUUGCACUAGGAAAGAUCUCCGAAGCAGAGUCAGCCGUUAAAGAGACAAAGCUUCUCCUCGAAAAGGCGCACGCUGGGGAGCGUACUACUUUGGCGGUGUAUGAGUUGGAGGCAGAGCUCAAAGGAUCCUCAGCAAGCCUUUCCCUCUAUCACCGGACAGCUGGUAACAUAAAGAAGGCUAUAUUUUUCGGAGUGCUGAGUGGAGCAUUCGAUGAGGCAUUUGACCUUGCAAUUCAGACCAGUAAUGAAGACAUUCUAAUUCGCCUUGUUAACGAGCGUGCUCCCCAGGAGUUUCUGAAAAAGGCGGUGCGUUACUUUUCGGCACCCGUCACACGCAGUAACCCGGAUAUUAGCCCGCUUGACGAAACUCCAGAAACCUCCUCCCAGCCACUACAAGUUCCUAGAAACAUUAGGGCUGCGGCGCACUUCCUGGAAUUGCUUGGGGAGCAUGAGGCGGCUAUCAAGCUCUUGCUUCACUACGGCGAUGGAUCGACAGAUAUAGACAAAGCUCUCGAUCUGCUUAAAUCAUGUAAGCAAUCUGUUUCCAUUAUUGAGCUGAUUCUCAAAUAUCUUAACGGAGAAUUGGAUGGCUGUAAGCGCCCCCCGCUAUAUGUGUUCAAGUUUUACAUGGCUAUGGAGAAGUAUGGAGACGCAGCUAGAACCGCAUAUUUACUUGCAGACCGCGAAAUAGAGGCGGGCAGAUACUCAAAAGCGAAAUCUGUCUUGAUCCAGUGUGCUUGUAAGCUCAGAAUGCAGGCCAAGCAUAUGCCCACAAAAUUUCGGGACUUGCUUAUUCUUCUGCACGGGCUUGAAGCAGGCAAGGUUUUCUCAAAGGCAGGCCUUCAUGCGCAAGCUGCUAUGUGUCUGUAUCGUACAAGUAGGCUUGCAAGUAGGUUUGGAGACGCUGCUGUCAAUGUGCUUCUUCCGGCUACCGUGGAAUGUAGUCGUGCAGGUCCACGCUAUGCAAAUGAAGCAUAUGAAUGUGCGUGCAUCUUGCUUAAAGAGUACGGAGACAAGAUACCUGAGAAGUAUAAGAAACCUGUAGAGCAAGUGGUGCGUAAGCACAAGAAAGGGGAGCCUGUUGACGCUGAAUAUCGCUCAUGCUGCUCCUGUGGAGAAAACGUACUCUUAGGGUCACUCAGUUGUGAAAAUUGUAUGGCCGUUCUACCAUUGGAUAGCGCAACAGGAGCCCAGAUCACGCUUGCAGACUAUUGCGAAUGUCCCACUUGUUUGUGGACAUGCUCAAAACUGGGAUUCUAUGAUGUUUAUAAGGAGGAGGAGAUAAAGAAUGGUCAGUGUGUUUGUCUCAUGUGUGGUGCCAAGAUUAACAUAGAGCAACCAGUAAUUAUCACCGAAGAUACAUUCGAACGGAUGACCAAUGGAUUUCCGGACUUGGAUGAAUACUCAGUCAAGCCUCUCCUUAUUUACGAGAAUGGCCAGCUUGCCCAGCGUCGUUAUGAGCAGUGGACAAGGCUGUGGCAAGAUCAGGAGAACUAG